AUGAUACGUCGUUCAGCAUUUUCCAGCAGUGUGGGACGAGAUUAUGCACUUUCAUCAUCUGGUUGGAGUGGGCCAACAAAUUCUCCUGUUUGUUCAACUACUACUGGUAAAGGUAAUGUACGUAUACCGGUUCUUGGAGGACGAUCAUUGCAAUCCUCAUCGGAUUCCAAUGGUGUUGGACAGAUUUCGAUGAAUUUAAUGCGUGCUAAUGGAGCGAUUGCACCAUUCAAAGCAUUGUUAACAAAUCUGAUAAGUUCACCUGGAUCAACAUCACCAAUUGUACCAAUAAAAUCUGAAAGAAGCGCUUCCUCGCAAUAUCUUUCCAGCAAUGUUAAUCUAAAGAAACUUCAUAAAAUUGGAUCACAUUAUGUGCUGGAAAAUACCAACCGGAAAGAUGGUAGCCCAAACCGAUUGUUUGAUGCACCAAUUGUAAACGUUGAAGGAGAACAAGAGUCAAAGAAAUCAUUAUCGCUUGUGCUUAGCGAAGAUUUGGAAGGUGAACGAACGGCAAAUGAUGGUUCGGAAAGUCCAUUAAUGAGGAAAAAAGAGGCGAGUGGUGGGCGGUUAAUUAGACGUCAAUCAUUAUUUCAUGUACGACGGGUUACCAGUGAUUAUGCUUUGUUUUUUGCAACGAUUGGAAUUGCUUUAAUGAUAAUCGACAGUGAAAUGACAGCUGCUAAAAUUUAUCAAAAAGGAUUAUUUAUAAAUACGAUUUUAAAAGUGUUAAUAUUGUUAAGUACAAUUGUUUUAGUAGUACUUGUUGUCAAAUUUCAUGUCCAUGAAGUACAGUUAUUUAUGAAUGCAAACAGUGCAGAAGAUUGGCGAAUAGCCAUUACAUGGCAACGUGGUUUACAAAUUGCUCUUGAAGUAAUGGUAUGUGCAAUUUGUCCACUUCCAAUUGAUGUCAAUUUUCAGUGGACGGAAUCCGAUGGUGAUACGAUAAAAGCAGUAGAGCUACCACUUGAUGUCUUCUUAUCAAUUCCAAUGUUUUUUCGAUUAUAUUGGUUAUGUCGCGUUAUGCUAUUGCAUAGCCGAUUAUUCACCGAUGCAUCCUCAAGGAGUAUUGCUGGUCUCAAUAGAGUUAAUUUUAAUGCGCGGUUUAUUUUGAAAACUCUCAUGACAUUAUGUCCCGGUACUGUACUUAUGGUAUUUACUGCAUCAUUGUGGGUAAUUGCAGGAUGGAUUCUCAGGUUGUGUGAAAGGCAUUAUACUGCUGAUCCAAUUAAUAUUCAUGCACAGAAGCAUCAAGAUUAUCUUAAUUCUUUAUGGCUUAUUGCAAUAACAUUUCUUUCUGUUGGUUAUGGUGAUAUUGUACCAAAUACAUAUUGCGGGCGUGCAAUGGCCGUUAUUACUGGUAUUUUAGGUACAUGUACAUCAUCAAUGGUGGUGGCAGUAAUAGCACGAAAGCUUGAAUUAACUCGUGCUGAAAUGCAUGUACAUAAUUUCAUGAUGGAUACACAACUUACCAAACAAUUGAAACAUACAGCAGCAAAUGUGUUACGUGAAACGUGGUUAAUUUAUAAACAUCGAUGUUUGGUGGAUAGAAUUGAACCAGCAAAAAUUCGCAUGCAUCAGCGCAAAUUUUUAGUUGCAAUCUAUGCAUUACGAAAAGUGAAACGAGAUCAAAGGAAGUUGACAGAAAAUUCGGUUGCUCUUGGUGAUAUCGCAAAGACUGCAUCAAAUACGUAUGAAUUGGUGCAUGAUGUUCAAAAUAAUCAAGAAGGCUUAUCAUUACGAAUGACCGCUAUAGAGUAUCAGCUAGCUGAUAUUAAUCGUGGUUUAAGUGCAUUGAUCGAAUAUUUGCGACCAAAUCGAAUUUUAAAAAAUGCUAAUCUUGCAACAUCCGGAAAUAUUACUUCACAUGAUAAUACUGUAAAAAGCAAAUGUAAUGCAGUGGAAAGUUGA